AAAUACUUACCAGAUAGAUCAAGCAAUCUCGUCACUUUACAACUUAAACUUCUUACGUAAACGUUUUCCUUUUCACUCGUCUCUACUACCAAUUUCUCCGUGUAGUCACGUGCUAGAACGCACUCGACUCGUUUUCACAUAAUACUAAGCACAAAACAGCUUAUUUUGAGCAAGCGCAAUAACACAAAAGAAAGAGAACUUCUACACGGACAUCCGUAAUUUCAACGUCUGCUUUUAUUUUUCAUCACAAGGAAUCAUCAAGUACAGGAGUCGAGUAGUCUCUACCAAAGCCCGUAACAAGCUUACUCAGCCUUAUUUCUAGUUUAUUCAGUUUCAAUUUUUUUCUUUUUUUCUAAAUCCCUUUUCAAAAAUGGUGUUCAACAGUUCGUUUCAAAACAGCAACCUUGCCGGUCCGGCGGCCACCGCUCCCUCUGCUACGACUGGCGGGACUCCCAAGCCGCAGCAGACGUUGAAUGCGCAGUACCAGCAACCGACCGGUUUUCUGGUGGACGGCAAGGUUGUGAACGCCAACCGAGAGGAUUUUUUGUUUUUCCGCUCGUCUCGCGACAUUUUGUUCAAGCAGACGGGCGCCAAGGAGAUCGCGUUCAAAUUCGAUCCCAACACGGAUUCUUCGAUGUCCAGUCGCGAUAAAGCGGUCGGAAACGCGAAACAGGGUGGAAUUGAUGCUGGAAACAAGAACCCCAGCUCCAGCACGUUCCUCGUGAAGAAACUUUCGAACAGCGGCGGUGUGAACAAGACGGGAGCAGGCUUGACUGCAACCAGCCCGCACAACAAGACCGACUCGCCCCGUCGUGCGAAAAGCGAGUCGCCGCGGUCUCGGGCUGCAGCGAUGUCGUCUUCCGGCGCGAGCCCGAGUAGUUCCGGUCUGUCGAAGAACAAAAGCAGUGCCAACAUUGCCGGAAUCUACGCUAAGGAGGAGCAGCGGCCCAAAGUUGACGUGGAAGCGGAGUGGCAGCGCUGGAAAUCCGAGCGGGGGUUGUACAACACACCGCUGGGCACCCCGCCGCCGGGCAACUUUCAGCUGCCGCGCACGCCGGAAAAGGAAAACGACAUGGUGGUCCAUGAUGUUGUGAAUAAUCAAAAUCAUUCGUCGACUGUGGGAGGAACUUCUUCUAUGCAUGAUGACAUCAAGCCGCGUCGGGGCGGCUCCUCGCAUCAGGAACAUCAACCUGCCCUGGGCGCGCAAAUGAAUCAGAGUGCUCAUCUUGCGGCUUACGAAAACAAGCCGAGCACCCCGGAGAGCCAGGUUUCUGACGCGCCACUGCUGCUGACCAAUCGGCACGAAACGCCGAUGGAUUACCGCCGCAACGGGAGCGGUACUACGAAGAAAUCAUCUCCGUCGAAUCGUGAGCGCGAUUCCCGUCGGGAUCAUUUGAAAGAACAAAACGGGACUGUAGCUCUCGGAGCCGACGAAAAGCUGUUUCAGGCCGCGCGCGCGGAGCGCGAGCGCCACGAGAAGCAAGCCGACGCGGACAAGGAAAGCAGUUCCUCCCCCCCGACCACGGCCAGCAGCUUGCUGCAAGCGGUCGCGCAAACGCUCCGACUGGACAAAAAGAGCCGCAGCAAGCGGAGCAGUCGGAACAACAGCGGCGCUGGUGGACAUCAGGAACAGCUGCAGCAACCCUCGCAAAAGAUGUUGAACCGCAACCGGAGCGACGACCACGCCCCCUACGGAAACUUUUACGAUGACCGGGACGAUUUCCUUUACGACGACCCCGAGAACAACGAGAUGUACAGUCGCCAGCAGUCUUCCGGGGCGCUGAGCACCGUGGCGCUGACCGCGAAUCUCGCGUACCAAACAUUUCUGCAAGCCUUGCAAGCCGAAGCGGCUCGGUGCUACAACGCGAAGUCGGUCGCGCAGCUCCGGAUGCGCACGGAUUUGGACAAGAAGCUGGCCACCCGGAAUUUGAAGUCUGCCAUCGUCCCGCAGUACGUGAACAACAAUAACGAUUUUGACUUUGUGCGCGACCGCUUCGGCUUCAAGUACGUGGAGGGGUCGCACGAGCAACGCCCGCCACCUUCCGGAAUGGUGAUGUCAGCUGCCACGACGACGGGGGUCGUGCACUCCAAUACUGCCAGCCCGCAACAGCAGUUCCAGAUGAACAAUCCGAAUCCGAACAAGUUUUACUUGAAUGAGCGGAGUCCGCCGCGUGACAUGAACAUGAUGAUGGACCAGCAUUUGAGUCAGAAUCCCCGCGCGGGGGCCAACAUGAUGAUGGUGAAAAAGAGGCAGCAGCUGGACAACAACCAGCGUCAACAGCAGUACAACCAUAACCAGCCCUCCACGUCCUCGCAAAUGAUGCAGCAUUUUUCCGAUUUCUGCGCCCUAAACAUCUUCUGGCAGUCUUGGUUUGAAACUCUGUGCUGCGUGGUUGUCGUGUUGAACAUGCUUUCCUUGCUGGUGGAGUACGACUGGCCGAUCGAGCAGCUCCCGGAACCCGCGCACUACGCGUUCCGCGGCUUGGAUCUCACCUUUUUCAUCCUUUACCACCUGGAAUUCCUUCUCCGCUGCAACGCGCAGGACUGGAAGAAUGUUUGCUCGACGUUUCCUGGAUUUUUUGAUUUAAUCAUUCUUGUCCUCGCCUGGUCCACCGAGCUGAUCGUGCCACUGGUGCUCUGCGAGGACGGAGUGUUCACGACGAGGACCCAAUUCGCCUACUUGAUGGACCACAACUACUACCACUUGUUCGCCGUUCUGUACCUGCUGCGGCUCGUCCGAAUUUUGCGGCUGUUCACACUCUCCGAGGCGCUUUACGCCGGGACGAAACGCGUCUGGAGAACGGCUGCAUCGUUAGUCAGCUGGAUCAUGGUGUUCUUCACGUUUUUCACGACUGCAACGCUGGUCACCGUGGCCGCGGUGGGCAGGAACUACGAAAUCCGGGGGGAUGUUGCUGCGGAUGUCGAUGUCGCGAAUGCCAAUGCAGGAACGACAAGUGCUGGCGCGACCUAUCACUUCGACGAGAACACGGCGGAAGACGCGAUUGCCCGGUUUUCCCGCUCCAGCUCUGCGCUGCUGGCACUGCUGAAGAUGGUUUUUCUGAAUUCCGGCACCUACGACACGCAAGCGCUGUUUCGGGAGCAGAUGUGGCUGAUCUUCUGGUUCGCCGGGUUGCUGAUUGUCGGACUGUUGCUUGUGCUGAAUUUCAUCGCCGACUUCUUUGACAGCAACAGAGCUUUGCCGACGACUGUGUCUGGUGCUGCGAACAAACCUGCUGGUGGUCAAACUGGCGACCAAACUAUUACACUCGUCGCACCGGGCACGAUGAAGAACAACAAUGCAGCCAAGUACAGCACUUCCGUAGAUGCCGACGAAGUACUCGCUCAAGACCAGCAAGCGCUUGGAGGUCAGCACACGGGCGAUCAGCAAGUCCAAAUGUUUGGCUCUCUGGAGGAUGAAGUGCUGGUCUUGACCGAGGAAUUUCAGAACAUUUUGCACGUUUUGUGCAACGACACGGCGCACUGGGAACAGCUGGAGGCGCACUUGUCCAGUCGCCGCCGUUCGCACUUGAGCGACAACGUGAAUGGUGGUGCUGGACCUUCUGCUGUGAUGAACAACCAUGGUCCGAAUAACACGUCCGCUCCGCGCGGCACGACUGCGGGUAUUCACCCUCAGCAUGACCAAGACCUGCUCAACCAGCAGGUGAGCCGUCUUUCGUUCGAGCGCAACUGGAAGAAGUCGCCCUAUUUGCUGCACAUUCUGGACGAAAUUUUGCAGCUCGGCAACUCCGUCGCGGACGACCGGCUGUUCGAUUUGUUUGUGUCGAAGCAUGAAGAGGUCACGGACGCAACGGCGUUUCUGGAUUCCUACGUCAAAUUGCGGAAGUUCUGCCUGGACAGCAAGCAGCGCGCCUUCUUGAAGCUGUGCGCGACGGGAAAUUCGCGUUACCAACGGGUCCUGGUCGAAAUGCGGAAGUAAGUAUUUUGCUAAAUAAUAUCAUGUUCAAAUGACUGAAUGACAAAAGAGAUUCGGUGCGAAUAUACGAAAAACAUAUCUGAUAAAAGUCUACGUUUGUUGAUCUUCAUAUCUGUCUCUAAAAUUCUGUGACAUCAACCACGUUCUAAGGCGAUAACGUCGAACAGAAUAAAUUCAUCAAUUGCUUUUAUGCGUCAACUUCAUCGUCCGUAUGGUCUCAUAAAUAACGCUUCUGGAGGAGUGCUUUCAUCUCACCUGAUAUUUUUCAAUUCCUCUUUCUGACGUGUUUCUGUUUUUUCAAUUUUCAUAAAAAGUGAUCUCAAUUGCACUCAUGUCACACUAAGUAAGAGCCUAGCUGCGGUGUCCAUCUCCUCUAGCGGGAUAAGAUUCGCCCAUUAUUUUCAGUGUCACGCAAAAAUGCCACGAACGAAAUAAACAAUUCAUACUCAGAUAAAGAGAAAGCGUCAAUACAUCCAGAAUACAUACAUGGAAGUUGUGUACGAAUCUUUUAUUUUUGAAACAUGUUGCAUUUCCAUCACACUGCAUAGAAAAAGACUUGGCUAUUGACGACGUAAUUAGAGACGAGGUUUUUGCUUUACAUGAUCGAACACAGCACAUACAAAUACGAUGCUUUUCACUUUUUUUCAAAUGAUGUUGAUCACACUCAAAUUUUAGUCUGAAGACAUAUUGUGUCACCUUGUUUAUUUGGUUUCACAACGAUCCUGAAGUCUGAACCUUCUCCGGUGUGGGAAUAGCGGUAAUAAAAGUAAAGUGCAAAUUCUGAAAAAAAAAGAUAAACCUGGGACGGCGAUCCAUCGUGCCUUGUUCGGGAGAGGGCUAGCCUCUGCAGAGAGUGUUCUUGGGACAUGCAUAAAGCUCCCGAUCAUGUUGCUUUUUUCUGUUGGCCGUUAUUUUCGACAAAUACGAUUACGAAG